AUGAGCAUCAACAUGGACCUUCUCGGUCUCGACGGUCUCGACGGCUUCGAAGGGUUCGAUGGCGAAGAUACGCUGCCCGUGGUCUCGAUCUCAGCAUCGCAGUCCCUCAACGCGUCGGCCGCCGCCCGGGACCCAAUCGCGACGGGCCUGGCGCGUCUGGACGAGGCUUUGAAUGGCUUCCCAGACCAGGUAGAACAAGGCGGGAUUCUGCGUGGACAGGUUACAGAAAUCCAUGGCCCUUCAGGAGCCGGGAAGACUUCGCUGGCGUUGAACAUCGCCUGCAAUGCACUGCGCGACGGCAAAGUAGUCUGGAUUGGUAUGUCCCUGUCACUUCCCCGAGUCAGCUGCGCUGUCUUGCUCACACCGUCAGAUACGGGGUACCCCUUGCCCAGUCCCCGGCUCGAGGAGAUGUCAGUCAACCUCGAUGACUUCAUCUAUCUUCGUGCGCAUACGCUGGCUCAUCUGAUAGCCUUAAUUACUCGACCUCCGAGGGGCUUUCCACAUCCGGAAACAUGUCUUCUGGUCGUCGACUCAGUGUCGAAUUUAUUUCCUGCUUACUUCCUCGGCACGACAGAGCUCAAGGAUCAACUCGCCGAGGAUAAUAUUACCGACAAAGCACACAUGCAAUGGCUGGUCAAUCGCAAAUAUAAUAUUUCUAACGAGCUAGUCACGCAAUUAGCUAGACUUGCUGCGAGGAAUAUUGCCGUGUUGGCUAUCAAUCAAUCCUACGCAAAGCCCAAUAGCGAAUCUGACCCGCUUUUGCAGCCACUCUUGUUGGGCGGCGCGUGGGAAACCUGCGUUCAAACCCGCAUUGCUGUCUAUCGUGAUCUACCUGAAGAGCGACUUGCAUGGGUCGAGAAGCGAGUGGGCAAGCCGGUGCCCGAGGAAGUGGAAGACACAUGCGUUGCGUUUUGCAUCGAAUCGGAUGGUCUUCAUGAAACAGAGAGAAAUGUUUAUUUACCUGAGCCUCUGACUCCUCCACCAAAGUCUCCCCCUGAAUUUGAGUACUAUGAUCCUCCAACGCCGACUCCCUCGCCUAUAUCCUCUUUAUUAUCUUCUGCACCGCCCUCUUCUGAAUUAGGAUCCCCCGAUCUUCCAUCUUCCAAGCCAGCAUCACCGGAACUACCGCAGACACCAACCAAGAAGCGGAAGAUGGACGAGAUAGCUGACAGCCAGGAUGAAGAUUCAGAGGAAGAAGAAGAGGAAGAAGCAGAAGAAGCUCCAUGGACAAACGAGGCAACACUGAACAUGAAUCAACAAUGA